AUGAGAGCUCCGCCGCAGCCGCCGGCCCCACUGACACCUUCGCCUAUAUUCCUGUCCCUCCUAGUCUUGAGCACAGUGUGCCACCAUGUUGCUGCAGCAGACACCAAUGAUACCUCCCCUGAGACAAAUGACUUGUUUUCUGGGGAUCAUAGUGCAGAUGGGUUUGAGCUGCCUUCAGUGAGUGAAGUGUUCUCAGGAAGUGAAAUGUCCUCAGGGACUGAAUAUGACUACUCCGAAGAGUAUGAGGAAGACCCACAACUGUCUGGAUAUUUCAUAGAUGAUUCAAUCAGAGUUGGCCAUUUAGUUAAACCCAAGAAAAAUAGAACAGAAAGUGAAAAGAACUCGGACAAGACCAGAAGAAAGAAAAAUAGAGGCAAAAAGAGAAAACCCAAAAAGAAGGUUAAUCCAUGUGAUGCAAAAUACCAGAGUUUUUGCAUUCAUGGUGAAUGCAAAUACAUAGAAAGCCUAGAAGCAGUGACAUGCAAGUGUCAUCAGAAUUAUUUUGGUGAACGUUGUGGAGAGCAAUCAAUGAAGACCCACAGUUUAGGAGAUGGAGGUCACUCCGUCGCAGUACUGGCCAUCAUGGCUGCCUUUCUUUCUGUCCUUUGCUUCUCAGCGAUUGUUGUCAUGAUCAUCCAAAUUCGGAAAGUACAUUCUAACGUUCAUGACCAAGAAGCUGAAGAAAGAAAGCACCUCCGGCAAGAAAAUGGAAAUGGACCCAUUAGUGUAUAG